AUGGCGGAAUCAUCGACCGUCGCUCGGAAUUGCAGAUUGUGCAACCAGCCGGAUGAGGUCGACAGUCAAAUGGUGCAGUGCGAUGGAUGCCAGGGAUGGUGUCAUUUCACGUGUGCCGGAGUCGACGACAGCAUAGCUAACGAGAGCAGAGCAUAUUUCUGCAGUUUCUGUCCACCACCGCACCCUCGAUCCACAGCCCCAUCAUCGACCGCUAGUGCAAAACUGCGGCUAGAGAUGCAGCGCUUGUCGGAAGAAAAAGAGCUACGUGAAAAGAUGCUACUAGAGAAGGAAACUCAGGAAAAAGAAAUGCAGGAAAAAGCUAUGCGUUUGGAAAAGGAGAGGAGAGAUAAGACAAUCGCGGAAAUGUUGAAUUUAGAGAAGGAAUUUAUUGCUAAGAAAUACGAGCUACUGCAGGCACGGUUGGAUGAAGAAGAUGACGACAGAAGUGUGCGCAGCCAUCAAAGCGCCGGCCAGAGUGUUAACAAGGUACGAGAGUGGAUGAACAUGCAGCCAGUAGUGACCCUGAAUUCCAAUCCUGGGACAAUUAACCCCACUGGACUCACGUCACGCACGGCUAUGAAGACCCCACAUUCGCAGUUAUUGGCCACGACUAACAAGAUCGGUGGUGACGCUCGCGUGUCCUUCCCAUCCGUAACGCAAACCGUCGAGAAUUUUCGCAUGAACUAUUCCGGAACACAUUACGUCGAUUUAAUCUCACCCGUUACGACAUCCCGUUGCAACUUACCUCCGAAUACAUUAGCAACGUCUCCGAUGAUGCAACCGACACAUCAAUCAACACCACGUUCUCUUCUGUCUAAUGAGAACAAUUUCGUUCCAGUUCCAAUACGGUCCUCCGAUUUCAACUUAUUUAGCGGAAACGUUUAUCCAAGAAGCGUCGGUUGCAAUCUAAAUGCGACAGCUGUAUACUCAACUAGUAACCGACUCUCAGAUAAUGUCGGGUUCGGGGAAAGACAGCGUAUAGGUUUCAAGCAGAGUUUCAUCACUCCAGAUUCUAAUCUUAUACCGCCCAGUGGGCAUACGUUGUCGAACACGGUUAAUUACGAUCCGCGCCCUUAUAUUGGUAAUGGACAUUAUGCAGCCCAUACAUUUGAGAGCACGGCGCAAAAUGUACCCUUUUCAUUAUCCACAUACACACCGGGUAUAAAUCGCGCGGCACUCGAUAUACCACAGUAUCGUCCACCAGUGGUGAGCGUAUCUAGCUAUCAGACUCCCAUAUUUUCAGUUCAGCCACCUGCAAAUGAGACUUCACUGUUCCCACAAGGGCCAAAUGCGCAACAGUUAGCAGCCCGUCACGUUGUAUCUAAAGAACUUCCAAUAUUUUCGGGAAAUCCAGCAGAAUGGCCGCUGUUUUGGAGCAGUUAUACAACGUCCACGCAGAUGUGCGGAUAUACGGACGCAGAAAACCUGAUGCGGUUACAGAGGAGUAUCAAAGGCGAUGCGAAAAAGGCAGUAAGUUGUUUUUUACUACACCCAUCGACUGUCUCGGAGGUGAUGAAUACUUUGCGGACCUUGUAUGGUCGUCCUGAUGCCAUUAUUAGUACACUGUUGAACGAAGUUAGAAGCACACCAGCUCCAAAACCAGACAAGCUAGAAACGCUUAUUAAUUUCGGUUUAGUAGUGAGAAAUCUGUGUGCCCAUCUUGUGACUACCGGGCAGGAAAUGCAUUUGGCAAACCCAAUUUUGUUGCAGGAGCUCGUGGAAAAACUUCCAGCCAACAUAAAAUUGGAUUGGGCGAUGCAUAAGCAGAAAACGUUAUUAGCGGACCUUCGCGCUUUCGCAGAUUACAUGAACGUGAUAAUCACUGCGGCCAGUAGCGUAACGACAAUUGUUGAACCCAGUGUACAGAGAAGCGAUCGUCAGAAAGGUAAAGCUAUCAUGAAUCCUCACGUGUCGGAAUGCGCAACACGCUUUGAGUCACGAAACGCUGGCGAGUUAAGAACAUCAGAGCAUAGAAUUGAACGGCCUUGUGCAGUUUGUAAUUCGGUGGGUCAUAAGCCGAAGGACUGUGACAGAUUCAAAAGAAUGGAUCUAGUAGAUCGGUGGGAGAAAGCAAUUGAAGUUAAUUUAUGUAAACGAUGUCUGUAUCCACAUGGAAGAUGGCCGUGCAAAGCUACAGUAUGCGGAUUAAACGGAUGUCAACAACGACACCAUAAAUUUCUCCAUCCGGGAAACCCUGCUGCAUCCGGUCAUAACCGUCCAAAUCCCACCUCGGGAACAAUAGGCGUUCAUCAAUAUUUGCAUCAACGAACACUUUUUCGGACAAUUCCAGUGUUACUGCACGCGAACGGAAAGUCUGUUCAAACCUUUGCUUUCCUUGACAGUGGUUCAGAUUCUACGUUGGUAGAGAAGAACAUCGCAGACCAGUUAGGUGUAACAGGUCCGGUGUUACCGCUUUGCAUGCAAUGGACUAAUGGGGUAAAACGUGUUGAAGAGGAAUCCCAGAGACUACAACUAGCCAUUUCGGGAACGGAUUCGGAGAAACGAUUUGUCUUGAAAGGAGUGCAUACCGUGAAAAGCCUUGACUUACCACGACAGUCGAUGCGAUUUCAGGAGUUAGUGCACAAAUUUCCGUACCUUCGAGGAUUACCUAUAAGGAGCUAUGAUGAGGCAGCACCCGGAAUACUUAUUGGACUAGAUCACACCAAUAUGAUGACGUCACUUAAGGAAAGAGAAGGUAGAAUGGAUGAACCAAUAGCAGCUAAAACCCGGCUUGGAUGGGUAUUGUUUGGGAACUCUGGUACGCCCGACGACGUUUGUUCUAAUCGUGUGAUCCAUGUUUGCACACAGUCAGCCGACCACGAACUUCACGAGUUGGUGAAAGGAUUCUUUAGCGUAGAAAGUGCGGGGGUGUCAUCACCGAAUGCGUUAGACUCGACAGAAGACAGGCGUGCCAGAAAUAUUCUGGAGACCACUACAACCCGUACACCGGAUGGCAGAUUCCAAACAGGACUCUUGUGGAGAUACGAUCAGGUAGAAUUCCCCAACAGCAGACCUAUGGCAGAACGCCGUUUGUUCUGUCUGGAAAAGCGACUGUCCAAAAGCCCAGAACUGUAUGCUAAAGUGAAACAGCAGAUUACGGACUACCAAGCAAAGGGAUACACUCACCUAGCCACGGAGAGAGAGCUUCUAGGGACAGACCCCAAACGGGCAUGGUAUCUGCCAUUAGGGGUAGUAGUCAACGCAAAGAAACCUGAAAAGGUGCGUGUAGUGUGGGAUGCGGCAGCUGUAGUGCAAGGCGUUUCGUUGAAUGCAGUUCUACUGAAAGGACCGGAUCUGAUGACACCACUGUCCGUUGUGCUCAGCCGGUAUCGGCAGAAAGAGGUGGCCAUUAGCGGUGACAUACGCGAGAUGUUCCACCAAGUGCUAAUUCGACCAGAGGACCGUCAAGCACAGCGCUUCUUGUGGCGGGAUCAUCCAUCACUGCCAAUACAGGUGUUUAUUAUGGAUGUAGCUACCUUCGGCUCCACUUGUUCCCCAUGUUCACUACAAUUCGUGAAAAAUCGUAACGCUGAGGAGAAUGCAAACGAGUUUCCAGUGGCUGCCGAGGCAGUAGUAAAAAAUCACUACGUUGAUGAUUAUUUGGACAGCGUAGAUACGGUCGACGAAGCGGUGCAAUUGGUAAAAGAUGUCAGAACAGUCCAUGCUAAAGGAGGAUUCGAAAUAAGGAAUUGGUUGUCGAAUUCAUCGGAUGUCCUGAAGCAAAUAGGCGAGCGUGAUUCAACAAUGGCAAAAAGCUUCGUGAUGGACAAAAGUAGCAGCGUGGAGCGCGUGUUGGGAAUGACUUGGCUACCGAAGGAGGAUGUAUUUUCCUAUUCAAUCAUUCUACGUGAUGGUUUGCAGAAACUGUUGACUGAAGACGUGGUUCCAACUAAGCGUGAAGCUUUGAGCCUGGUCAUGAGCGUUUUCGAUCCGUUGGGAUUUGUAGCUGUUCUUCUAAUUCAUGGGAAGGUAUUUCUACAAGAUGUGUGGAGAGCUGGUAUCGAAUGGGACGAUAAAAUCCCAGCUGAGAUGUUUUCCCGUUGGCAUUUGUGGAUCCAGUUGUUACGUCAACUCGAAGAGGUGAAAAUUCCACGAUGUUAUUUCAAAGGAUACAAUUCGCACACAUAUGAUAGUCUAGAAUUGCAUAUUUUCGUUGAUGCCAGCGAAUCCGCAUAUGCUGCGGCUUCUUACUUUAGAGUGAUAGACCGUGGAGUGGUGCGGUGUACUCUCGUCGCUGCGAAAACCAAAGUGGCGCCUCUGAAGCCGCUUUCCAUACCUCGCUUAGAGCUUCAAGCAGCAGUCUUGGGGACGCGUCUUAUGAAAACCGUUGUCGCUAAUCACACACUGCCGAUUACGCGAAGGGUUCUGUGGACCGACUCAAGUACGGUGCUGUCCUGGUUAAGAUCAGAUCCUAGGCGACGAACCCAGUUUGUCGCUUUCAGAGUCGGUGAAAUAUUGGAAGAGACUGACGUCAACGAGUGGCGAUGGGUACCGUCGAAGUGGAAUGUAGCGGACGAUGCCACUAAAUGGGGUAAAGGACCAAACGUGCUCGACUCGAGCAGAUGGUUUAUAGGACCAACCUUUCUCUAUGAAAGUGAGGAGCACUGGCCACUAUACGUAGUUCCGGUAACUGAAAAUCAAGAAGAGUUACGACCAGCCUACGUUAACUCUCAUAUCGCCGUGAAUCAAGUGGUACAGUUUCAGCGCUUCUCAAAAUGGGAACGAUUGACACGUGCGAUCGCCUUCGUGCGUCGUUUCUAUGACAACUGCCAAAGAAAAAGACGACAAGAACCAACAUAUACCACAGAUGUAUUGACGCGCGAUGAGCUGAGAGUGGCUGAAUACACAAUCUGGAGACUAGUGCAAGCAGAGGCUUAUCCGGAUGAAUUUUCGUUACUUCAACAAAACAAGAACGGUCAGACAGUUCAGAAGAUUAAGAAAGGCAGCAGGAUUUAUAAACUAUCUCCACUUCUCGGAGAAGGUGGUAUCGUGCGCAUGGAAAGACGCAUGCGCGAAGCAAGUUGGGCUUCCGAAGAUAUGAAAUGUCCGAUAAUACUGCCAAAGGAAAGCAUCGUCACUUACCUAUUGAUUGAUUGGUAUCAUCGUAAGUUCCAACACGCAAAUGGAGAGACCGUCGUGAAUGAGAUCACCCAGAAGUAUUACAUCCCUGCCUUGCGAGUUGCGGUUCGAAAAGCUGUUGGCCGUUGUAACUGGUGCAAAGUUUACAAGGCGAGACCACAAAUGCCACGAAUGGGUCCACUUCCAGCAGUACGGGUAACACCAUAUAUCCGUCCAUUUUCGUUUGUAGGGUUGGAUUAUUUCGGACCACUCUCUGUCCGAGUCGGACGCAGCAAAGUUAAACGGUGGGUAGCACUCUUCACAUGCCUGACAAUUCGGGCUGUCCAUUUAGAGGUGGCCCAUAGUCUAUCAACCGAAUCCUGCAAGAUGGCAAUUCGUAGAUUUGUUGCGCGCCGAGGUGCCCCAUUAGAGAUAUACUCUGAUCAAGGAACAAAUUUUCAAGGAGCGAACCGCGAGCUCACGCGGGAGAUUCAUGCAAUCAAUAGCUCAUUAGCAGGAACGUUCACGAAUGCUUCCACUCAAUGGAAGUUUAAUCCCCCGUACGCUCCCCACAUGGGAGGAGCAUGGGAGCGACUCGUACGCUCUGUUAAGGCUGCGCUAGCCUCGCUUCCCAUAGCCAGAAACCCAGACGAGGAAGUUUUGAAGACGGUAAUAAUCGAAGCAGAAUCGAUAGUAAACACACGCCCGUUAACCUACAUUCCACUUGAAAAUGUGACAGAGGAGGCACUUACCCCAAAUCACUUCCUGUUACUCAGUUCAAGCGGGGUGAGUCAACCAACAACGAUCCCAGUGGACUCGCGUCUGGCGUUGCGGUCAAAUUGGAAGCUUGCUCAGGCAAUGUUGGAUCGAUUUUGGACACGCUGGAUUCAAGAAUACCUUCCGGUCAUUACAAGACAGACAAAGUGGUUCGGGGAAGCAAGGCAAAUAAACGUUGGUGACUUGGUGCUAAUUGUGAACGAGAACGUCAGACACAGCUGGAUCAGAGGAAGGAUUCUACGCGUGUAUCCUGGGCGAGAUGGUCGAGUACGGAAGGCGGACGUACACACUUCAACGGGGAUUCUUCAACGACCGGCAACAAUGCUCGCUGCCCUGGAUGUUCGAGGAGUCAAUGAAUGUACAGCUGAAGAAACUUCGAGCAAUACAGGCGGGGGCAUGUUGGCAACCCAGUCCAGCGAUGACAUUACGGUACAGCAGAAACACGAUUAG